AUGGCAAACGGAUACGACGAGUGCUACGACGCGACCUGGCAUCUGUUUCCACCGGACUACGUGGAGGACGACUACAGAAUAUUGGAGAGCAUAAAGAUGCCCCGGACGAGCUUCCACAUCCAUGACAUCCUGCAGCUCGAUUCGAAACCGUCUCAAGAGGAAACUGAGGUCCAAGGUAGCACCACAGUUCUACCAAGCACGAACGAUGUACCGUCGGCCUAUCAGCAAUUCUUCGAGCACACGACGGCCAUGUUGCAGCCCGCGUUGUACGCGAAUCUGAACAGGGGCACCCUGCCGCCGCCGCCACCUGGUCUUCUUGGAUGGCCGGCUGGUCCAACGUUACCCACCACCCUGCCCCAGCCCUUGGACGAAGUGAAUGUUCUCCAACAGCCAGACUCGACCAGCCCGACGAUCUCGGACCUGUCAUUCGCCCCGAAACAAGAGUCGAAUCACGAGUGCAAGGAGGAAGAGUCCGGUGAUUUCGAGGACGAACAGCAAACGAACGAGAACCAGCCCCACGAGACCGAGCACAAGAAGCGAAAACGGCGUGUCCUGUUCUCGAAAGCGCAGACAUUCGAGCUGGAGAGACGAUUCCGUCAGCAGCGAUACCUGAGCGCGCCGGAGAGGGAGCAUCUAGCCUCGAUAAUCCGGCUGACGCCUACGCAGGUGAAGAUCUGGUUCCAGAAUCACAGGUACAAGACGAAGAGGGCGGCCACCGAGAGGGUGGAAGCAGGCGGUAGCGGAUGUUCACCGAGAAGAGUGGCGGUGCCGUUGCUGAUCAAAGACGGGAAGCCCUGCCAAUCGAAACUAAUGGAGCCUGCGGCGUAUCCUAGCGCUGGCCAGGUACCAAUGCCACCGUACAUGCAGAAACCCUACUGGUGGUAG